GUGUUGGUGAUUUUGUGUUGCUGCAAAAACGGGCCCAUUUUUCCACAAAUAAACGCUUUCUCGCUUUCCACCUGAUUGCGACCAGCAUCGGAGUAGGCUACUGAAGAUAAAGGCGGGUGAGGCUGCGUGUUCCUCAGCAUGUCUCUGUCCAGCGUGCUACCAGCGCCAACCAAUCCCGUUUGGGAUCGGGAUGACGAGCGCAAAAUGAAAACACCAUCGAUGGGCGCGUUGGUCAGUGCCAAGGUCGCGGCGCCACCGUAUGGACAACGCAAAGGUUGGAUCCCGCGAAACGAGGCCGACUUUGGUGAUGGGGGCGCCUUCCCGGAGAUUCACGUCGCGCAGUACCCGCUUGGCAUGGGUGCACCCGGAAAUGCAUCCAAGAAAUCGAACGCUCUCGCGGUUCAGCUGGACCAGACGGGAAAAGUCAAGUACGAUGCCAUCGCUAGGCAGGGCCACUCGAAGGACAAGAUCGUGUACUCGAACAUUAACCAACUGCUACCGGCUGAAGUGUUGGCUGAGGAUGCGGAAGAGUUGCAGAUGCCCGACCAGGAAACGAUAAACGAUAUCACGGAAAGUACGCGGAAAGCGCUCGAGAAGCUCACCAAUCAGAAGAUUGUCUCGGCUAUGCCAGUACGAGCGGCGGAGAAGCAAGCUCCAGCCCAGUACAUCCGCUACACACCGUCACAGCAGGGUGAUGCGUUUAAUUCAGGCGCCAAGCAACGCAUCAUUCGCAUGGUGGAAGCCCAGGUGGAUCCGAUGGAACCACCGCGAUUCCGAAUCAACAAAAAGAUUCCCCGGGGUCCACCUUCGCCACCUGCUCCGGUGCUCCACUCGCCGACCCGAAAGGUGACGGUAAAGGAGCAAAAGGAGUGGAAGGUUCCGCCCUGCAUUUCCAACUGGAAGAACGCCAAAGGGUACACCAUCCCGCUCGACAAGCGACUGGCAGCGGACGGGCGCGGAUUGCAGCAGGUACACAUUAACGAAAAGUUUGCCAAAAUGGCCGAGGCGCUGUACAUUGCCGAUCGGAAGGCGCGUGAAGCGGUGGAAGCGCGAGCACAGCUGGAGAAGAAAUUGGCCCAGAAGGAGAAGGAAAAGAAGGAAGACAUGCUGCGAGCGAUGGCACAACGGGCGCGUGACGAGCGUGCCGGUAUUCGGCAUCCGGAUGCGGCCGGCGAUGGUCCCUCGACAUCGGCCGAUCUGCGCGAGCGAGAUGAAAUCCGUGCCGAGCGUCACCGGGAAAGGGCCCGCGAUCGCAACCUGGCACGUGCGGCCCCGGAAAAGCGCUCCAAGCUGCAGCGCGAACGCGAGCGAGACAUUUCGGAGCAGAUUGCUCUGGGAAUGCCGGCGAAGAGCCAGCUUUCGGGAGAGGCGCAGUUCGAUCAACGACUGUUCAACACCUCGAAGGGCAUGGACUCGGGUUACGGGGACGAUGAGGCGUACAAUGUGUACGAUAAGCCGUGGCGUGAGUCCGGCACGCUCGGACAGCACAUUUACCGGCCGAGCAAAGCGCUGGAUAACGAUAACUAUGGUGCUGAUCUGGAGAAGAUCGUCAGCACGAACCGCUUCGUGCCGGACAAAGAGUUUAGCGGUACGGAUCGCAGCGGGCAGAAUGUGCGGCAGGGACCGGUUCAGUUCGAAAAGGAGGAAGAUCCAUUCGGUUUGGAUCAGUUCUUGACGAUGGCCAAGAAAGCACCGAAGCGAAAGGAAGAUUCUUCCGCUGGACCCAGCGGCAGUGGCGGUGGUGGAAGCAGCCGUGACAAGGAUCGCAAGAAGCGUCGCGAUUAGGUUGAUUAGAAUGGCGACUUUCCAAACGGUGGCAUACCGUUUUUUUACUUUUCGUUUAGGGAUUCACGAUAAAACUCAAUAAAGUAACUUUAAGA